AUGAAGUUCACUGCCGCUCUCAUCGCUCUCGUCUCCGCCACCGGCGCAGUCGCAGCCCCUGCCCCCGCCGACUCAGUCUCCAUGAUGGCCGCUUCUCCCCAGUGGACCAUCCAGUCCCUCUCCCGCUCAUGCGACAAGGCUGAUACCACCUGCACCUGGAACUUCAAGAUCAACACCGGCAGCGGCGCCGCCACCGCCUGCAAAUACGUCGUCAAGGGCAAGCCCGCCUCCAAGGCCAACGGCGGCCCUGCCAAAUGCGGCACCUUCACCAUCACCUCUGGCUGGAGUGGUCAGUUCGGUGCCGACAAGGGCUUCACCACUCUCUCGGUCGUGAGCAGCAAGAAGCAGAUCAUCUACCCCAGCUACACUGAUAAGCAGCUCGCUGGUGGCAAGGUUGUCAAGCCUGACCAGAGCUACUCCCCCGCUGCUCUCCCUUAA